GUUAAUGUGCCAUUUUUACAAGGCAUAAUUCAGAGACUCGUAGGGCACAAGGAUCCGACCCGAACUUUCCGAUUCCAUCAAUCGCCGCCUGCGCUAGGGUUUAUCGCAUCGCGAUCAUAAUCUGAUUCCUUUCGUAAAUGGUAGCAAUCGUCUGGUCUGUUGCAAUCUGCUAGUGAAUCAACGCCUUUUGGUUUCCAUUAUCACUUUUGGUUUGGUUGACAAAUCUGUCCCGGACGGCACGUUGCAGAAGUUUUGUGGAGCUAAUUCCUGAAUUCGUGGAACGAUCCAUAUGUUUGAAUCUAAUUUAGUAUCUAGAAAAUGCUCGUACGCGAGUCUGUGACGUUAGAUCCUGCGCUGUUACGUGGAGUGGUGGUUUCGCCAUGUCGAUGUUCGUAGAACCUCUCCUAAUCUCUCUUCCUCUUAUUCUUGACUGCUCGAAAUAUUAGGAGAGUGUCGCAAGCCAUAUUAGCAACACGGACUGCUAUCUCUUCAGAGGGUUCGAAAUAUGUAGCCGUGGUUAGAGCUGGGGGAUGCGUUCCCCAGCGCAGAAAUUUUUUUCAAUACCUAUUGCCGAGCAAGGGUUCUGCUCGGCAUGGUUCAGGGGAAGUAGGAAGAGGUUUCUACGAUAGUUGCAUCAGGAGUUAUUCAGGUAUUCCUAUUAGCAACACUAUGGUAAAUUGUGCGCGAAUUGCUUGGAAGAGAAUGGGGCGGGCAUCGGAGCUCAAUUGGCGGACUCAUCUGGUCAUAAACCGGAUCGCUCAAGCUGUCAGUUUGGGUUUGAGCCGUUCGUAUAUUGUUGGUCCCGGUUUAUAUACUCUGAUGUUCGGGACACAGUUAGCGUGGGCUGAAGCUGGACCGGAUACGAAUAUGUUUCUUCCGAAGAAUAAUUUAUACACACGAGCUGAAGAUAGUCAUCUCCUUCUGACCUCACUGAUUCUUUCGGCAUUUGAGUGUGCGUUGCUGUUGCUGAGAGCUUUGUUUCUGGCGAUUCUAUUUACGCCGAGCAUUGUUAUGGCGCCUUUUGCUGAUAGUUUGGGGCCUCAAUUUAGGAAUACGUGGCUGCGAAUUGUUCAUCGAACCCUCGAACAAGCAGGCCCGGCGUUUAUCAAAUGGGGGCAGUGGGCGGCGACACGGCCAGAUCUCUUCCCCAGAGACUUGUGCGCAGAGUUGUCGAAGCUUCACACGAAAGCUCCUCAACACACCUUUACCUACACGAAAAAGGCUAUUGAAAAAGCUUUUGGUCGUAAGAUUUCCGAUAUCUUUGAUGACUUUGAGCAGGAGCCUGUGGCAUCCGGGAGUAUCGCUCAAGUGCAUCGAGCUUCUUUAAGGUCUCGGUAUCCUGGUAGGAAGAACAAGCCAAUGCUAGUUGCAGUGAAGGUGAGGCAUCCGGGGGUUGGGGAAUCUAUAAAAAGGGAUUUUGAUAUAAUUAAUAUUGCGGCAAAGAUAUCAAACUUCAUUCCCGCGCUAAAUUGGUUGAGGCUGGAUGAAAGCGUUCAGCAGUUUGCGGUUUUUAUGAUGUCUCAAGUUGAUCUUGCUCGAGAAGCUGCUCAAUUGAGCCGAUUUAUAUACAAUUUUCGUAGAUGGAGAGAUGUUUCUUUCCCGAAACCUGUGUAUCCUCUUGUCCAUCCUGCAGUUUUAGUGGAAACAUUCGAGCAGGGAGAAUGUGUGUCUCACUAUGUCGAUGAGAUUGGGGGGAACGACCGGAUAAAAAGUUCUCUUGCACACAUCGGAACCCAUGCCCUAUUGAAGAUGCUCCUGGUCGACAACUUUGUUCACGCAGACAUGCAUCCCGGAAACAUCCUUGUCCGAGUAGCGCAGAGCAAACCUGCUCGCAAAAAAUUCUUCAAAACCAAGCCUCAUGUCGUCUUUCUUGAUGUAGGCAUGACUGCCGAGCUUUCUAAAAACGAUAGAGUAAAUUUACUCGAGUUCUUUAAGGCUGUUGCUUGUAGAGAUGGCCGAAAAGCAGCCCUCUCCACUCUGAGUUUGUCGAAGAAGCAGAGCUGCCCAAAGCCUGACGCUUUCAUUCAGGAAGUGACAGAGUCAUUUGAUUUUUGGGGAACACCGGAAGGAGAAUUGAUCCAUCCGGCGGAGUGUAUGCAACAAUUACUCGAGAAAGUCCGACACCAUAAAGUAAAUAUCGACGGAAAUGUUUGUACUGUGAUGGUCACAGUUUUGGUCCUUGAGGGCUGGCAGCGGAAGCUCGAUCCAGGCUACGAUGUAAUGCAUACGCUACAAACGCUACUACUCAAAUCCGACUGGGCAGAAUCGCUUUCUUACACAAUCGAAGGACUUAUGGCACCGUGAAUCAUUCACAUGCCUUUUGACAUACUUAUUUUACUGUUCUAACAAGUUUUGGCUAUGCAAAAUCGGGUACAAUUUGUUGACAUUUCACAAUUUUGUUUUCUAUUUUCCAAUCGGAACAAGCCCACGAGUUGUGUGGGAAAGGAUAGGGGGCGUUUAAGAAUAAGUGCCCGAAAGCCUUUUGGCUUAGUAAUUCUUGUAACUAACUAUCAAUGGAAGUUCUCCAUUUUAUUAUUUGUCAAUAUGUUCUCAUCUCUAA